CAAUCAUUCUCAUAGUAAUUAAUAUCUGUAGCAAAUACACAAUGGUUUCAAAAAUGAAGUAUUAUAUCAGCAUUCUUCUUGUUUUAGCCGGAAUUUAUCAGCUGGGAGCUGCUCUUGAUCCCCAUUACUAUGCCAAAACAUGCCCUGAAGCCGAAAGUAUCAUCUUCGAAGCUGUUCGCGACGCAUCAGCUCAUGAUCCUAAAGCCCCUGCUCGCUUACUCAGAAUGUUCUUUCAUGAUUGUUUCAUCAGGGGUUGUGAUGCAUCGGUGUUGGUGGAUUCGACCCCAAACAACAAAGCGGAGAAGGAUGGCCCUCCCAAUCUCUCACUGGCUGCAUUUUAUGUGAUAGAUGCCGCAAAAACAAAGCUAGAAAAAGCUUGCCCCAAAACAGUGUCUUGCGCUGAUAUAUUAGCCGUGGCAGCUAGAGACGUCGUCGCUCUGUCGGGAGGGCCCACGUGGAGGGUGGCAGCGGGGAGAAAAGACGGGAAAAUAUCGAGAGCAAACGAGACCAUAAAUCUGCCAUCGCCAUCAUCCAACACAUCGCAGCUGAUUCAAAGCUUCGCGCAGAGAGGGCUAUCGGCGAAAGAUCUGGUGGCGCUCUCCGGCGGGCACACGCUGGGGUUCUCGCACUGCUCCUCCUUCGAGGGCCGACUACGCAACUUCAGCGCCACCCACGACACCGACCCCACGCUGCACCCGCAGCUGGCGGCGGAGCUGAAGAGGAAGUGCCCCAAGCCCAACAGAGACCGGAAUGCGGGCCAGUUCCUGGACGCCACGUCAUCGAUCUUCGACAACAAUUACUACAGGAGGGUUGCGGGCGGGGAGGGCGUGUUCGUCUCCGAUCAGUCGCUUUUAGGGGAUUACAGGACGCGGUGGAUGGUGGAGGCGUUCGCCAGGGAUCAGGGCUUGUUUUUCAACGAGUUUGCGGAUUCCAUGAUUCGCCUUGGGAAUGUUGGAGUUGUUGAGACUGGACAAGUGAGACAGAAUUGCAGAAUUGUUCAUUGAGAACCCACGCUUUGCUUUAUUUUCUUCCUUCUUUGAUUUGUUUUGUUUUGAGUUGUGAGGUAACUCGUUUCGCGCCAUCCUACUCCUAUAAAUGUCAAAUUAAUGUAUUAAUAAAUCUCGUUAUACUGAUGCCCGCCCGCUCACAUAUAUAUAAUAAAUCACGUAUUAUUUCUUGCGAAA